AUGCUGUUCCACAGUCUGUCGGGCCCCGAGGUGCACGGGGUCAUCGACGAGAUGGACCGCAGGGCCAAGAGCGAGGCUCCCGCCAUCAGCUCCGCCAUCGACCGCGGCGACACGGAGACGACCAUGCCGUCCAUCAGCAGUGACCGCGCCGCGCUGUGCGCCGGCUGCGGGGGCAAGAUCUCGGACCGCUACUACCUGCUGGCGGUGGACAAGCAGUGGCACAUGCGCUGCCUCAAGUGUUGUGAGUGCAAGCUCAACCUGGAGUCGGAGCUCACCUGUUUCAGCAAGGACGGAAGCAUCUACUGCAAGGAAGACUACUACAGGCGGUUCUCUGUGCAGCGCUGCGCCCGCUGCCACCUGGGCAUCUCAGCCUCGGAGAUGGUGAUGCGUGCUCGGGACUUGGUUUAUCACCUCAACUGCUUCACAUGCACCACGUGUAACAAGAUGCUGACCACGGGUGACCACUUCGGCAUGAAGGACAGCCUGGUCUACUGCCGCUUGCACUUCGAGGCGCUGCUGCAGGGCGAGUACCCCGCGCACUUCAACCAUGCCGACGUGGCGGCGGCUGCAGCCGCAGCAGCCGCGGCCAAGAGCGCCGGGCUGGGCGCGGCCGGGGCCAACCCGCUGGGUCUUCCCUACUACAAUGGCGUGGGCACGGUGCAGAAGGGCCGGCCGAGGAAGCGCAAGAGCCCCGGCCCCGGGGCGGAUCUGGCGGCCUACAACGCUGCGCUGAGCUGCAACGAGAACGACGCGGAGCACCUGGACCGCGACCAGCCCUACCCGAGCAGCCAAAAGACGAAGCGCAUGCGCACUUCCUUCAAGCACCACCAGCUUCGGACCAUGAAGUCUUACUUUGCCAUUAACCACAACCCCGAUGCCAAGGACUUGAAGCAGCUGGCGCAGAAGACGGGCCUCACCAAGCGGGUCCUCCAGGUCUGGUUUCAGAACGCUAGGGCCAAGUUCAGGCGCAACCUCUUACGGCAGGAAAACACGGCUGUGGACAAGUCGACAGAGGCAACGUUGCCGACGGGGACGCCAUCAGGGCCGGCCUCCGAGCUCUCCAACGCCUCGCUCAGCCCCUCCAGCACGCCCACCACCCUCACAGACUUGACCAGCCCGGCCCUGCCAACUGUGACGUCCGUCUUAACUUCUGUGCCUGGCAACCUGGAGGGCCACGAGCCUCACAGCCCCUCACAAACGACUCUCACCAACCUUUUCUAGUGACUCACGCCCUCCCCCCCCAAUUUCUUUAAAAAAGAAAUUAUCUUUAGUUGAAUUCCAAGUGUAUUUUAAAAUAGAGGCUUUGAGCAACUAACUAACCACAUUUUAGGAUCUCGCCUGGAAACAGAGGAGGAAAAUAAUUGUGCGUCCGGCUAAUGCAGCAGUGUGGACUUGAAGAAUUACUUGGAAAAUCUAUCUGCAACACAACAUUUGUGUCACUGUACAGUUUUGUGGACUGAGCGAGGAAAAACAACAAAUAAUUUAAGUUGGCUAGAGCUUCUGUAUUUUCAAAGACUGCCACGUGCCUUAGGAAUACUGUUUUAUCUCCAUACUUUGGAUGACUUGUUCAUUUUUUCUCUCCCUCUUUUUCUCUCUGUAUAUUUAUGAC